AGGAAUGGAUUUCAGCUGAAUUUGGGACAACCCCAGUUUGACAGGUGUCUCCGGUGCCUCCUCCUCCUCCUCCCCUCCUCCUCAUCCUGUGCGCCCGGGGCUUUCCUCCUCUCUCUUUUCGGCAAUGCCUUCACCAGCGGCAAGCCGAUAGCCACACGCGGACCGCUUUCGGGAAUUCGGAAGUCCGUGCGGUCGUCCAAUGUCAUGGGCAUCCUGCGGAGUCACGGGCCGCCGGCGAGGCGUGAGGAGAAGUGCGGGGUAGGAUGGGCAUCCCGUCCUUCAUAUCCUCCUCGCCGUUUCGGACUUCCGUGUCGCCUCUUACAUUGCUACGACCACCUCGCAUUUGUCUAGACUCGAACGUAUAGCGCAAGAUGAGCAAGGGCUUGUCGGGAAAGGAGGUCGCGGCCCACAACACCGCGGAGAGCUGCUGGAUCAUCGUCCAUGGCAAGGCGUACGAUGUCACAGAGUUCCUGCCAGAACACCCAGGAGGAAGCAAGAUCAUUCUGAAGUACGCGGGCAAGGAUGCUACCGCGGAAUACGAUCCUAUUCACCCUCCAAAUGCCAUCCACGACAAUCUGCCUCCCGAGAAACACCUUGGUCCCGUCGACCUUGACACUGUGCUCAAAGUCGAGGUUACUAUCACUGACGAGGAGACGGCACGACAAGAGCGUAUACAGCAACGGCCGCCGCUCACCGAGAUCCUCAACCUGCACGACUUCGAGGCUAUUGCGCGCCAGGUGAUGACGGAGAAGGCGUGGGCGUACUACAGCUCGGCGGCCGACGACGAAAUUACCACUCGUGAGAACCAUGCUGCGUACCACAGAAUAUGGUUCCGGCCUCGUAUUCUUCGCAGCGUCACGAAUGUCGACUGGUCAACGAAGAUUCUCGGCCACGCAAGCAAAUUGCCAAUAUACAUCACCGCGACAGCCCUCGGAAAGCUCGGACACCCGGACGGCGAGCUGAACUUGACACGAGCUGCGGCGAAACACGGCGUCAUCCAGAUGAUCCCGACACUGGCAUCGUGCUCGUUCGACGAGAUCGUCGACAACGCGGCGCCCGGUCAAACGCAGUUCCUGCAGCUCUACGUGAACUCGGACAGGGAGAUCACGAAGAAGUUCGUGCAGCACGCGGAGAAGCGCGGCAUCAAGGGCUUGUUCAUCACUGUGGACGCCCCUCAACUUGGACGUCGUGAAAAGGACAUGCGCAUGAAGUUCGAGGCGGAGGAUCCCCGAGAGGUUACCGACAACAAGGUGUCGAACAAGGUGGAUCGAUCACAAGGCGCUGCUAGGGCUAUCAGCUCAUUCAUCGACACCAGCCUUGACUGGAAGGACAUUCCAUGGUUCCAGUCAAUCACUAAGAUGCCUCUCAUCCUGAAGGGUGUGCAGUGCUGGGAGGAUGCGCUCAUGGCGUACGACGCAGGUCUCGCGGGCGUCGUGCUCUCGAACCACGGUGGGCGGCAGCUCGAGUUCUCGCGCUCCGGCGUGGAGACGCUUGUCGAGGUCGUCAGGGAGCUCAAGCUGCGCCGCGGGCUGACGUUCCCGAACGAGAAGUUCCAGCUGUUCGUCGAUGGUGGUGUGCGCCGCGCGACGGACGUGCUCAAGGCGGUUGCACUCGGUGCUACGGCAGUUGGUAUUGGCCGGCCGUUCUUGUACGCGUUCUCGGCGUACGGCCAGGAGGGCGUCGAGCGCGCUCUGGAGAUUCUUCAUGACGAGUUCGAGAUGAACAUGCGACUGCUCGGUGCUCGCACAAUCAAGGAGGUCGUCCCGGAGAUGGUCGAUGCAGGAAGCAUUCACCAGCACAUCGUCUCCGUCCCCGACGACAGCCUGUACUAUUCCAACUAUGAGAGCAUGCUGUCGGCGCGUCUCAAGGACGUGAAGUCGAAGAUAUGAUCUCAGUCGGUGUAGCUGGUGAUGAUUUGGUUCACGACUGUUACAUCUAUGUACAUAUACCAUGUCUUCUUGUAUACGCAACAGUGCUGUCCCGUUACGUGCAAUCUACUCUGCGAGCCGCGGCGUAUUUGCGGUGAAUAUUAGGCA